AUGGCUAUGCGGUCGGUGGUUAGUGAGUCUGGGUAUGAUGGACCGGUCACGGAAAUGGUGAGGAUUGGGUUGAGAGGGGAGAUAGGGGGAGGGGAUUUGGAGGGGGACGGGGAGGGAGACGCGGGAGAGGCGGCGAGGAUUUGGCGUGAAACUCUAGAUACAAUUGCGGCCCAAAAAGGAUGUACAAAUUCUUAUUACGGCGGAACAUUGGAGGAUGAGGGAGUGUUGAUUUGGUGUAUUGACUGGACAUCCCUCGCUCUCCACAAAGCUUUUAUGGAUUCGCCAGCCUACCCAGCCUUUCUAGAAAACCUGCAGCCGAUUAUGGGCAGUGUGGAAAUCAUACACGCAAGCAAAUUGGAUGUUGCGGGCGCUAUUGCAAAAGGAAAUGCGGGGCAGAAGGGGGGAGUAAUGGAAGUUGCUACUAAACAGGGAGUAGAAAACUUCAAAACGGCAAUCCGCAAACUUCACUCGGAAAAGAAAAUCGCGGGGUUUCUUGGCGUGAUAGAUUCCGGAGAGGUAAUUGAGAAGAUCGCUAAGAAUAAAGAGACGAUGGAGGAAGAAAAGGGGAAAGCUUUGAUUAUAAUGAUAGGGUGGGAGAAUAAGGAGGCUCAUAUGGCAUUUAGAGAGACAAAGGAAUUUGCGGACACUAUAGGAUAUUUGGGAAAGGGGACGAGUGGGGUGGACAUGUUCCAUGUAGCAUUUAAAAAUGCAUGAGUGUGCGAUGCGGAUUGAUAGAUAUUUCUGCAUUACAAUCCAAUUCAUACAAUCCAAUACAUACUCCCAUAUCCCAUAUCCAAUAUCCAUACAAAUAUCCCUCCCUCAGUCUUCCAUUUUGGGAUUCUCAAAGUCAAAUAUGUAUGGGUUGUUGAGUAUCAUAUACAUAUAUCAAACAAUAACUCCUCAAUAUCCUCAAACCAUCUUUGAAUAUGCUCUACUAUGAGCUCUGUAUUGAAUACCUAAUCAC